GUAUAAAUUAGCCUUCUUCAUCAAAAUUAGGGUUUGCGACUCUUGGAGCCAGAAGCGACCAGGUAGCGAGCGGCACAUCAGUUCAAUUCAACCACCAGCAAGCUCACGAUGGCGAGGAUCAAGGUUCAUGAACUUAGGGAUAAAUCGAAGACUGAUCUUCAGAACCAGUUGAAGGAGUUCAAGGCUGAGCUCGCUCUCCUCCGUGUCGCUAAAGUCACCGGAGGUGCACCCAACAAGCUCUCUAAAAUCAAGGUUGUGAGGAAAUCCAUCGCUCAGGUGUUGACAGUGAUCUCCCAGAAGCAGAAGUCUGCUUUAAGAGAAGCAUACAAGAACAAGAAGCUCUUGCCUCUUGAUCUCCGCCCUAAGAAAACACGUGCUAUCCGUAGACGCCUCACCAAGCAUCAGUCUUCGUUGAAGACAGAGCGUGAGAAGAAGAAAGAGAUGUAUUUCCCAGUGAGGAAGUAUGCGAUCAAAGUGUAGUUUCAUUAUCGAGCUUUAGCUACUAGAAAUGAUGAUGAUUGAGCUUUUGAUUAUCGGCUUAUGUAUUCUCCCCUUCUUGUCCCACCUUUUCUUUUUUAGUUUUACUCAAGUUUUGUCAUCAAACAGAACAAACUCUCUCAAACAAUCAUUUCAUAUUAUAUUGAACCAAGUCUGGGUGUUGCCGUUUC